CGCGAGGAUCAUAAGGCGCAGCUUCCACUUCAGUUUGUUUGGGCAAUUGCCCCGCCAUCCUCCGGCCACCAAACAUGCAUCAGUCCGCCAACACAAAACCACCAACCUCGCGCCAACCACCACCAUCCAUCCAUCUGCAAGUCGUCUGACGCCGCACCAGACCUACCAUGAGGGGGUUUUCCUCAAACAACACCUCGGUCCUCUAGAGAAUGGACGUGCCAAUACGCUCUUUACGCAAACAUGAUUGAUCCUUCGAUCCGCCUUCGGCGUGCAAUCCACGUGAACGACCACCUCCUCGUCAAGCGCAUCCUCCGCUCCCAUCCUUAUCUCCUCCACAACCCCGAUCAUUCCGUCUGCGGGGAUGCGAACUCGAACCUCCACCUAGCCGCUUCCCUCGGCCAUCUCUCCAUCUGCAAGAUCCUCGUCGAGCUUGGCCACGAAGAGGGCACCCCCGCACUGAACGAUGACCACCAAACCGCGCUCAUGUUAGCCGCCUCGGCCGGUCAUACCGAAGUUGUCCUUUUCCUGUGCGAAAACGACCCGCAGUCCAUCUUGCGUCAGGAUAUUCGCGGCCGCGAUGCCGUCAUGGAGGCUAGUCUGAACGGCCACGAUACCGUUGUGCAAAUCCUGCUCACCUGGGCUCCCGGCGGAGCUCCCGCUGCGCUGGCGCAAGCAGACUUGGAUGGAAACACGGCGCUGCACUUUGCUAGCGGCAAUGGGAAUCUGCUGGUACUGAGGACGCUCUUGGCCGCUGGGGCGGAUCCGGGCAGGAGGAACGUCUGGAGCUGGACGCCUGGCGAGUAUAGCGCUACUGUGCAGGCAGAGGUCUAUUUGAAGGGAUUGGUGAAUGAGGUGCACAAGAGAAAGAUUGCGAAACGAGAGGCAGAGGAAACCCAGUCGGCACCACCACCGCUUUCCAAGAAGGAUAAGGUGAAGGGAGCAUUUGUGAGAUUGGUCGGGAGAGACGUGGAUGUGGGCGAUUGACGCUAACCAUGUCUCCAUGUCUGGUCGUACCGAGUGAUGGAUGGUCCGCCAGAUUCGAGAGAGUUGGGACAAGAUGGGGCAUGCCACCACAUGGGGCAUGCCGUAGGAGAGCGCAUAUCUGUGUCACCAACAUUGAUGGGGAACAAGCGAGUUGGAGCAGUUUUAGAUCAAAGAGCGAGGACCUUUGGUCUUCACACCGCUCACAGGCUACAGGAUGACAACAGAAGAGAUACGUGGAAACGGGUGAAGGCAUUGGUACUACCAACCGUCACCAAUGCUCCCUCAUCUGGUUGAGGAAUGCAUGAUCAAUGAUUCACACUCCGAACGCAUCUG